AUGGCGCCGGCACCACUCGGGUGCGCCUGGUUUUGCUUGGCGUCAUGGCAAUUGACCAUCAGCGUCGCGGCAAAGUCUGGCAUUGAUUGUGGCAGGCGCAUGUUCCAUGACGUGCGGAUGGUGGUGAUCAGAACAUGGAGCGAUGGUGGAACGCGAUGUCAAGGUGCACCGGCGACGCUACCAGCGAAGGCAAAGGCCAAGGAGGAGCGGCGCUGGGGGCGUCGCAAGUACAAGGCCAAUUACUAUUACUACGGAAAGCAAACGACCACAACACGCAUCGCCACAACAACGACCACGGUUUCCACAGCCCCACCUAUGUGGCUGCUGGCGAAUGCGCAAGACAAAUGCGACGACCUAUGCAAGUUCAAUGGGUAUGGCGGAUGCGGCGCAGGUGAAAUCGCUCGCAUCAACUCGACAGAAGCUGUUGCAGCCCUCCUCCUGCAGGAGUUCAACAUCACAUGCAAUACAAACCCGAACCGAAACGAAGACUUUGGCAUCUUCUACGCAGACAAUGAUGAUUGCUGGUUUGUAGAUGGGACCGUGGACUGCACUCAGGGAUUGUCAAACGUCGGAAGGCGCCCGGUUUGCUACUGCGAGGGCACCACGUCAACGACCACUCCGGAUGCGGGAUGGGCUUUUGGUGAAGACCAAGACUCCUGCAACGACUUCUGUCGCUUCACCGGGUUCGAUGGGUGCAAUGAGUCUAUGAUUCAAGAAAUCAGCACAUACCCGAGAGCCGUCCGCUUAAUUGAGGGCUUGGGCAUGAAUCUGACCUGCGAUGCUGCCAUUCGGCAAAAGGACACGGGCGUCUUCAUCAAUCCGAGUAACGUCGAUCCAUCCUUUGCGCAGUGCUUCAGUGUCAAAGGCACCGUUGAUUGCGAUGUUGGAUUUUCGAGCCUUAAACCUUUAUGCUUCUGCAGCUCAACCACAGUAACGACAACCCUAUCUGUCAACUGGCAGCUUGGAGCUGUGGGUCAAACCUGCGAUGACGUCUGCACAAACGGUUGCGUCGUGUCGGAGAUGGAGCAGAUCUUCCGGAUGCCAAGGGCCACGCGGUUGAUCGAAGGCUUGUUUGGCAAGACCUGUGUUCAGGGUGGCGGAUCCCGGUCGAACGGCAUCUUCUUUGAUCCAACGACGGGCAACGAUGGAAAAUGCUUCUACUUCGAUCCCGGAGCUGUGAAUUGCGGCGCGAACGACAACCCUUCCAAAGAAGCUCCCGUGUGCUACUGUGCCCCUGCACGGAUCUGA